CUAGCCGCCAGGGUGAGAUCUUGCAGUCGGGGUCGGGGUCGGGGUCGGUGCGACUGGUGGGGCGGAGGACGGAGCGCUGUCUUUAAAUGGCGGCCAGGGCUUGCAUGGGUCCGGGAGUAUGUGGCUCUAACUCUGCCCUAGAACAGAGCCUACCCCGCCCGCCCGCCCUGCAGCCCUGCAGCCCUGCAGCCCUGCAGCCGCCAGCCCUGCAGCGUCCCGCACGGGAGAGGCGGGGGGAGCGAGUCCCCGCCUGCCACGGCCGCCGUGGGUUGGCUGAAAUGCGUUACUACAUUGGAGCGCAGGUUCGAUCCCGGGGAGAUACAUUGUGGCCACUGACAGCCCGGCCCGGCCCGGCCCGGCAGCAUCACUGGCUGCAGGGCGCUGAGUCGUUUAUUUUAUUCAAUUAAAAGUAAUUUGGUCGUUGAGGAGGGCUUGUCAACCCCCUCUUGGUUAUAAACAGAGCUCACCCAUCCCGCCCACCAACGCCAAACGUCACUCAUCCCUUCUUUCCAGAGAUGUUGCCUGUCCCGCUGAAUUACUCCAGCAUUUUGUGUCUAUCUUUAGUUUGUGAGAACGUUGGCUUCUUGCAACUUUAGAGUCUGUCCAGUUACGUUACAAGGAUUCUGGUUUUAAAUGCCUUCGCUAAUUUACUACAGCAGCACAUCAGGAUGCGAUGCAAUGCAAUCCCUUCUCGCAGAUCCUUCAGAUAGUACGUUGGUUUUGUUUGGCCUCCGCCGGGGUUUUCGUCCCGUUGCUACUCUGCUUGUUGGCGGGGAGGGAUUGUACAAAGUGUAGCCAGGACUGGCGUUGCGUUCCCAGCGCAUUCCUUCAACUCAACGUGUCAGUUCAGUUGGUCUUCACGUUCCUGGUGUGACGAUUGACGCUUGCUUCGUGUACGGUCGAUAGGUAGAUGCAGCGGAUAGCGCUAUGGGUCGUUGUGCAGAAUACUGAAUAGCCGAGGAAAGAAUCAAUCAGCAGCCGGACGUCCACAAAAAUUGCACUGUGUACAGGCGUUCAACGCCCAGUGUGUCCAUCUGAUUUGAGGUAGUUGAAGCCGAGGAUUUUGCUCUUGGGCAUUUCUGUGGGGAGUCACGGUAUUGUUGUUAAUUCGUUGUUUAUGUUGAAUGACAUUUUGCAGUCUGGUUCGGCAGUAACCACUUUGCCUCAGCUUGUUUGUAUUUGUUGGGGGGAGUUCAGCCCGAGCUCUGCGCGCAGGCGACGUUGCCCACUCCGCGGUGGCAGUAAAUGAUGCCACCAAGUCUCCAGGCGACCGAAACACCCUUCGUUGCUCCUUGUACCUCAAACCCAGACACGCUGGCUGUCAUUGGAUUGCAGGAGAAGUAAUGGCGAAUAAAUCGGUCGGACCGGACAGAGUGACUCUACAUAGUUACGUCUACAUAACUCGGUAAAAGGAUGUUCUGCUUCAAGGGUGGCAAACUCUAAUGCAGUUGUCUCAUUUAAUCACCCAUGCCCAGGAAGGAACUGCAGAUGCUUGUUUAAGCCGAAGAUAGACACAAAGAGCUGGAGUAACUCAGCGGGUCAGGCAGCAUCUUUGGAGAGAAGGAAAGGGUGACGUUUCGGGUCGAGACCCUUCUUCAGACUGAAGGCAUUGGUAUGGACAGCAUGUAACUCCAAUAUACCUCACCCCAAACCAGAUCAAUGGUGGUGUGAUGAAUUCCAGCAACACAAUGACCACUGACCCGUAAUGCCAUCAAUAUGUCAGGUUAUAUUCCAAGUUAUCUGGACAAAGAUGAGCUUUGUGUUGUGUGUGCUGACAAGGCCACAGGAUAUCAUUAUCGUUGCAUCACCUGUGAAGGGUGUAAGGGCUUUUUCAGGAGAACUAUACAGAAAAACCUUCAUCCAACCUACAGUUGUAAACAUGAAGAAAAAUGUAUCAUCGAUAAAGUUACAAGGAAUCAAUGUCAAGAAUGCCGGUUCAAAAAGUGCAUUGCUGUUGGCAUGGCAACUGACUUGGUAUUGGAUGAUGGCAAACGGCUAGCAAAACGUAAACUAAUAGAAGAGAACCGAGAGAAGAGGCGUCGAGAGGAGGUGACAAAAACACUUGUUGAUAAACCUGAGCCAACAGAAGAGGAAUGGGAACUUAUACGAUCAGUGACAGAGGCUCACAUCGCCACCAAUGCACAAGGAGACCAUUGGAAACAGAAACGGAAAUUUCUGCCUGAGGAAAUUGGGCAGACACCAAUAGAGAAUGCACCCGAAGGGAGCAAGGUGGACCUGGAGGCCUUCAGUGAGUUUACAAGAAUUAUCACGCCCGCAAUAACAAGGGUGGUUGAUUUUGCCAAAAAAUUACCAAUAUUCUGUGAGCUGCCAUGUGAAGACCAGAUAAUCCUUCUGAAAGGCUGUUGUAUGGAAAUCAUGUCCCUCAGGGCAGCAGUCCGUUAUGACUCUGAGAGUGAGACUUUAACUUUGAAUGGUGAGAUAGCUGUAAAAAGAGAACAGUUAAAAAACGGAGGCCUUGGGGUUGUAUCUGAUGCAAUCUUUGAUCUGGGAAUAUCAUUGUCUACGUUCAACUUGGACGACAGUGAGGUGGCUCUACUCCAAGCUGUGCUUUUGAUGUCUUCAGAUCGACCUGGCCUUACAAGCAUAGACAAGAUAGAGAAAAUCCAGGAGUCCUUCCUCCUUGCUUUUGAACAUUACAUUAAUUAUCGUAAACACAAUAUUGCCCACUUUUGGCCAAAACUACUGAUGAAGGUGACAGACCUGCGAAUGAUUGGAGCCUGCCAUGCAAGUCGCUUUCUUCAUAUGAAAGUGGAAUGUCCAACAGAACUUUUUCCACCAUUAUUCCUGGAGGUCUUUGAAGAUUAGGAAAUUAAUUUUGAACAGCUGCACUACCUGUCUGUCACUAUCUGUAAACUGCAUUAACACUACUGAGCGACGUUUAAUUACACUUUGCAGAAUACCUUUUUCCAGAAAUGUUGGGAAACAUUCCAUUUAUGCGGGUACUAGUGAUUUUGUGAACGUAGCUUUUUUGUACACAUUUUCACUUAUCAUGUGGACUGAUGUUGUUCAUGUUUGUUUUCAGAUGAGACAAUAUGGUAGUAUAUUGUUUUGUGGUAAGGGAUUCCAAACUCCAGUAUCGUAUCAGUUUUCCCCUGCAUGGAUCUUUGUGGAAUUUGAUAUGACUAAAUGCACGGCAGCUAGAGUAUAGUUGCAGAUAAGUCACUGUUGCCUAAAGCUUAACUGAUUCAAUAUCCUCAGGGAAAUUUCAGACUAACUCUGAAGUGAAAAGUUAAGUCAUGUUCUUUAACUGGAACCAAAAUUCUAAUAUUAAGAAGCUGACUGCUAGAGUCUCUCUCCUCCGCCAACAUCUCUCUCCUCCAUAACACUCUCAUUAUUUAUUUACUGUUUGUGCAAGUACCCAAGGCCGCUAAUUAAGGGAAAUACAGAUGUUGAAGUAUGCUGUGUAGAUUGAACAAACAUGAAUAAACUAGCAUUCUACAACAUUUUGUCCACAUACGAAUAAAGGGUUUGAACAACAUACUAACGUAUUAUCCAACAGCAUUCUCAACCAGGUUGCCAAUUCUAGCAGCACGUCUCGUACAGGUUGUUCCACAACAGUUCCAAUCAGACAAAUUGAAGAAACAGACAGAUUCUAAGCUGAAACAUUCACGUUUUGGCUAUAAAGAUUUAUUUUCAAAGCUCAGAAUUGAGAUAUAUGGGGGAUUGGAAAAGGGCUCACACCUGGCUAUGGCUAUGCUGCAUCUUUCCUGAAAGUAUUUAACAAUGAACAGCAGUAGAAAAACAUCCUUCCCUCAACACCAAAAUCAUUAUUGAGCAAAAAAAAAUGAAAUCAUCAAAUGGCAUGGCCUUAGGUAUUCCGUGAUGUCAAAUGGAAUAGAAUUUGUCUGUAUGUUGCCAACUGAAAGUUGUCUUUCAGGGACUUUUUUUUAUUGGGAAUGUGCCUGUGCAAAAUACACUUCAUACCAAAUAGAUAAACUGAAGUAAUCCUUUUAUUUAGCUUUUAUCCAUUUCUAAUUAUCAUAAACAAUUUCCCACGGCUUGAGAGAGCUCUUAUGUAUAUGGUGCUAAUCAGUUUGCAAGUGGUGCUUUCAUGCCUCCUGUGAGUGGAGCUAUAAACUCUGCAGCUUUAUCUCUUCAAACUGUGGGAAUAAAUAAUAGUAUCAAAAAUGUCAAAUGUUAAAUGCCUUGAUAUUGAGGUUCUUAUAGUGCCAUGUAUAUAGUUCACGUAUCAGGAAUGCAUACUCUUCAAAUACAGUAGUUCUUGAUCAACAUUACUGACAAGGACAUCGGGAUCAUAAGCCUCGUUGAUUUAGUAUUUUUAUGAGACCAUUUUCCCAUAUCCUGCCAGUGAUAUUUUGCUGAUGGAGUGAAGCUUUCAGUACAACUUUCUUUUAUUAUCUGACACGAACAUAUCAAUGGAAAAUUGAAGUUUGGUGCAGAACUUUAAAAAAAAAACAUAGCCAGACUUACAAAAUGAACGGUUGCUUCUGGCACCAUUGAAUCUAAGCUAUUGUGUUUGUGAUUUUUGUUUUCCAUCCUGAAAUAUCUUCUACCUAAAACAAAUCUUACAGCAAGAAACCUACAAUAAAACUUGAUAUCUAAAUGAGAUGAAGAGGGAGAAGUAUGGGGGAGGAUCCUAAGGGGUAAAAGCAUGAAGGGUAUUAAGUAAUUAAGCAGCACUUUUGAGAAAAAUAAAUCUAAGAUUUAAAAAAGCCUUGCCCUCCUAACAGAGCUUGAUUGGAAUAUUGCAUACACUGUGUCAGUUCAUUGUGGUCACGUUGAAUGCCUUUGUAAAAUAAUAGAUAUCAAAUCCAAAUGCCCAAUAGUCAUGACUUAGCUGAACUAAGGUUAAGAAUAUUCAAUGCACAGACAAUCAGGCUGAAAUAAACCAUGUAGGGAGCUAGAACUCUAAUUUUUAUAUGCAAAGUACAUCAACGAGUAUUGAAUGAUAUAACUAAGGAAAACAAGCCACUUUUAUAGAAUCAUACCAGAUGUUUGCACAGUUAAUGAAAUUUAUGAAAUUUCCUUGAUAUUUUUAAUUAAAAUGACCACUUGAAAAAUAGAAUUUAAAAUGAAGCUAAAGUCACCUUUCCAAUCUUAUUACAAUCAUGUUUAAAUGAUAAAUAUGUAAUUGUUAUGUAAAUAUGGCAGUAUGUUUGUACUGUAAUGUCCAUUGUGUAAAGGAAAAUAGCAUUGACAAAAUGUGGCAAAAGAGCCUGAUGUUUGCACUGUAGGAAAAUGGGUUGUGUUCUGUAUAAGAAGCUGUUAAACCUCUACAGAAAUAUUCCAUAGAGUGAAUUUUGCUCUACUCUUUAUAUAUAGAUUUAUAAACUAGUAUUUCUCAUUGUAUAUCUAUUAGAGUCUAUGCUGCCUACAGAGAAAUGGUUCAUGUAUGAGCAGGAAUGUUAUGUGGAAAUAUCGUGCAUUAUUUGCUUGUAGGUUUAAUGUAUGCUCUACUGAUCAAUUUGCUUUCUUGUCAUGUGGUCUUUAAAUGGCUUGUAUGUCCAAUUUGAAUGUUUGUGAUUUUAAAAUUGUAACACUUUUCUAAUACUUAAAUGACAAAAAAUGUGCUGAUGAGGUUUUAGUGAAUCAACAUGAUGACUAAAAUUGAACAUCCUUUAUACUAUACGGAACAGAAGUUGAAUGCAGUAUACUAUAGAAAGGAAAGUGUUUAAUUUACUAUAUAGCACUUGUAUCAAAAUUAUUUACCAACUGUUCAGUUUGGGUUGUUAAAUUUGGCUUUGGUUACCAGCAUUAGCACUAAAGAGAUACUUGAAAGACCCACAACUCCAUCUCGGUCCCUGGGAACUACCCAAGGCUGAACUAGACCAUUCAUGCCCUUGGUGUGAUGCUUGACCCAAGACUAGUUAAAAAACACAUUUCUGUGCCAUUGCCAUGACAUGCUAUUUGCACCUUAGGAACAUUACAGAAACCCUCAUCUUUCUUACCUUUAAACUCUUUAAACAGGCUCAAGCUUUUAUUGGCCAUUAUUUGCAGUAAGUCCAAGUUGCCAUUCACCCCUGCGAACAUUCACCAGUGUUGGUGCAUAGUUACACAAUGCCUGACUAACAAAUUCACAUGUUAAUUUAACAAAUUGCCCACUGGCCUUUCCCACUUCUAUCUGCACUCCUUGAAUUUUGGUCUCUGAAGCAUCACUCCAUCACUGGCAGCUGUGCCGUUCUUUGAUAAAAAACCUAAGCUCUGGAACUACUCCCCAAAAUAUUUUCAUUUAACUGCUGCUGAGAAAUUCAUUUCAAGGUUUUAGCACUGAAGGUGCGUGCAGUGGUUUAAGCACAUUGAGCUCUGCCUCUCAAAUUCAUUCCAAUGAUAUCGAUACAAUGAAUUUCAGAGGCAGGAUACAAUUCACUGAUGUGACGAUAUGGAGCUUUUUGCACUACAGACCAGGUAUAGGGCCUGUCCCACUGUGGCGACCUAAUUCACGACUUAGGAAGAGUUUUCCCUCGACUCAUACUCGCAGCAUGGUCGACACGAGGUCCUAGGAGGUCUUUGUAAGUCUCCUUCAUGCUCGAGAGUAGUCCCCGCGUAUUCGAGGCCCCAGCUAGGUAGCAGCGUAUUUUUCAACAUGCUGAAAAAUGCCCGCGAGUAAAAAAAGGUCGCCAUGGAAAAAUCGAUAUUUUUUCACUCGUAGGUUUAGCCAAGGUAGGUUGUAAUGCUAUCGAAGGUAAUCAAAGGUAAAGCUUGUUGAGAAAAAAAAGGUAAGUAAACCGACCGGUAAUGUUAAUGCCCGCUAAACUUUAUUAAAAGUUGUCUGGCUUCUUAAAAGUGUCUCCACGCCUUCUCUCCCCUUCUCUCCCCCUCUCUCCCCUUCUCUCCUCCCCCUCUCUCCGCGCUCUUUAAACGACUUAUCGAACUGUGCCAGCCGUCUUUUACCUUCCCCGCUUUCCCUGGCCCCCGCCUUUGCGAUGUGUUUGUAUGAGUGUAUGGAGACGGUCGACCCGGCUCGCGGUUUCAUCGCUGAUGGUCGAUUCAGCUCGAGAUUUUUCAGGCGAGUGCCCUCGAGCUUUAAGGUCGAAGACAGUCGCUGAAAAGUCACGCUAGUGGGACAGGCCCUUAUGAAUUUCUGGGCGUUCGUCUCUUUGAUAAAAUGUGUAAACCAUACAAUUCUCAAGUCUCUGUUCUGAAAUCUCUUCAUAUCAUAGUCAUAGAGUGAUGCAGUGUGGAAACAGACCCUUUGGCCCACCUUGCCCACACUGACCAACAUGUCCCAGCUACACUAGUCCCACCUGCCUGCGUUUGGUCCAUAUCCUUCCAAACCUGUCCUAUCCAAGUACCUGUCUGUUUCCCAGCAACAAAUAUUUAUAUAGUCCCUAGUGUACCAAGAUACAAAAAUACUCCAUUGGCCAUUGAUCUAACAUGGCUGCAGAUAGAUAAUGUCCAGUUUUCAUUACCAAAAUGGAAAAAUGUGGUUUAAUAAUGUCGUGAAAAUACUGUUUAAAUUGUUAGAAUUAUUUUUAUCAUCCAAUACAAUACAGAAAUUUUGGAGGAGUUAUGGUAAUUAAUAUAUUUAUCUUUAUUGUAGUCUGCUACUGGAUCUCAAUAGAAUUAUGGUUUUAAAAAGAAAACUUGCUUAUAGUCACUUUAUUGACGUCUCCAAAGACCUUUCCCAAUUAGGCAGAUGCUUGAAUGUUCCUGUCCUUCCUCUCAAGUAAAACAAUAUUUAGUGAGUGAUUAAAUAGUGAUCAUUGGAAUCUACUUUGAAUGCUCAGAUUUUUUCAUCAAAUUCUCUUAGGUUCCAUUACAUUAAAUGAGAACUAUAUAUAAAACUGUAUUUUAUUAUAAAAUAUAACGAACGUGAAUGUUGAUUAAAAAAAAAGGUCCCUGAAUCAAAUUAGAGAGCCCGUAUGCACUGCAGCCAGUGAGCAGGCUGUCCCAUUCCCACACUGUUCAAGGUUUUGGACAAGGAGAUCCAUCUAAUUGACAUCCAAGUUCAAACCUUAGAGCUAUUUAUUUUUCACCCAUUUAUUUCCGAUUUAUUUGUGUACCACAUUUAAUGGUAUUUUCAAAUUAGUCAGUCAGUAUGGUUCUCAGAUGUGAGAUCAGUUAUGAAACUUAAACUAAAAUGUAUCAUUUUUUAGAAGGAUUUUUUUUUAAAUCAUCAAUUCAAUGAAACUUAGCAAAUUAUUGCCCACUGCCCUUUGCCCUUCCAAGUGCAGUUCACAAUGUAUUAUUGACAGUAAUGAUUUACUGUUUACAUGUAGUGUUUGUGGUAGCAUGUUGUCUUGUCUCAAUGUUAGUUCACUCUCAAUAAGACUUUAAGAUGGAUUACCAGUUAGAAAUGAGAUGAGAAAUAUUUGGGUAAAGAGAAGAAAUAACUUGCACUACAUUCUCCACUGGAUGUGGAGACAGGAAAUUAUAACCCUCUUAGCCAGCUGAUGACUAAUACUAGGAAGCAUGCAAAAUAGUCAGUGAACCCAUGAGUAUGCCAAUGGGUCCCAAUAUUCUGCAAAAAUUGGUCAGCAGAGAAGCUUGACAGAGGCUGCCUGGCUUUAUCGUAGCCUCAAAGGCAGUCCCUCAGGGCUUAAUGGAGGCUGCUAAGAAUAGUUAAGUGUGGGUUUUCAAUGGAGCCAAAAGUUAUUUUCAAUAAACAAUAGCUAUUUUCCUUGUAAGUCAGCAAACUGCUUCACACAGUAUAACUGCUCUCAAAAGCCCUCUGAUAUUAUAUAAAUGAGAAAAGCAACCUAAUUUGAAAUGAGGCCCUGAACUUAAAACAUUCCAGAUCCAAGUCAGGUCAGGAGAUGAUACAAAGUAAAGUUUUCCCCAAACAUUUUGUGUCUUGGUUGCAAAACCCGGUUAUGGCUCUUAUCAGAGGGUUAUGGAAACUAAAAAGUUGAAAGUAAUAAAAUGUAAUUCAGAUUUUAAAUUAGAAUUGGAUUUUAACUGUUGUAUUUGAAUUAUAACUAUGACAUGUAUGCCAUUUACUUUACUUAGAAUGUAGUUAAAAUACAUAAUUCUCUAACCAUUACUGAAUUCUAAAGCCCUAUAAAAGAUUAAUCUUGACAUUACAGGAAAUGAAAAUGGUCGGAUUUAGAGGUAAACAGACUUGUACUUGUUUACUUUAUUUAGUAAUCUUCAUUUAGUAUAAGUUAUCCAUUGCUUUUCUUCGUUAUCAACUUCCUUUGAGAUUUUCUGGGGGUUCUGUUUACCGUUAAAGCACUAUUUAUAAGCUAAAACUAAAACAGAUGCGAAUAAUUUAAUCCCUGGUUUGGACUAGAAACAUUAAACAUUUAUUGACAUUUUGUGCAUUAAUUUCCCCUUUUCAAAUGUUGCUUCUUUAAACUCCAGUUAUUCAGCAGGUCCAGCAGCAACUGUGGAGGGAAUGGACAGAUGACAUUUUGGUCCCGACCCUUCUUCACACUGAUUAGGGGGAGGGGGAGAAUGCUGGAAAAGAGAGAUGGGAGUGGUACUAAGUCUGGCAAAUAACAGGUGGAAACAGGUGAUGGGAGGGAAGGUUAGCAAAUGGGUGACAAAGGCUAAAGGUCAAAAAGAGACAAAAGAGUGUCAGAUAAUUAUAGAAGAUGAGUGAAAUGUAAAGGUAGAGGGAGGGGUAUGGGUGAACG